AUGGUGCGCUCUGAAGUGUUCUACGACGCCGUGCAGGGCGGGGGCCGAAGCACCUCCACACUGCUCGCGUCAGCGGCGGUGUGCACACGGAGUCAGGUUUUGCCUCAUUUCCUGGACACGCCGCAGAUCCGCCUCGAGGCACGCAACAGAGCCUUCGCAGACUUUUCAAGCUUUCUGGAGAACAAGGAUCUAGCGAAGCAAGCAGGUCACGAUGCCGAUGGUGCACUAGACUUAGCAUACAACGCGGAGAUUCAAACAUUUCGGGCGGACGAGAAGGUGGAGGACUCUGAGGAGCAGGUCGAGGCGGCUGAGGGAUGGGAGGAGUACGAGCUGUGUCCUGGCUUCGAAAUGGU